CGUGGCUCUACAGAUCUGGGACUGCUGCAGGGUGGUACAUCGUGUUACAAUUUGAUCGCUUUUCACCGUAAAGAAGAAAAAUGAGGGAGAUCGUUCAUUUGCAAGCUGGCCAGUGCGGAAACCAGAUUGGUGCUAAGUUCUGGGAGGUGAUUAGUGAUGAGCAUGGUAUCGACCCCACCGGAAGUUACCAUGGCGACAGUGAUCUCCAGCUGGAUAGGAUCAAUGUGUAUUACAACGAAGCCUCAGGUGGUAAGUAUGUGCCACGCGCAGUUCUGGUUGAUCUGGAGCCUGGCACCAUGGACUCUGUGAGAUCCGGUCCCUUCGGACAGAUCUUCAGGCCAGACAACUUUGUCUUUGGCCAGAGUGGUGCUGGUAACAACUGGGCCAAGGGACACUACACUGAGGGGGCUGAGCUAGUCGACUCUGUUCUGGAUGUGGUGAGGAAGGAGGCAGAGAGUUGCGAUUGCCUGCAGGGCUUCCAGCUCACCCACUCUCUGGGUGGAGGCACAGGGUCUGGCAUGGGCACCUUGCUCAUCAGCAAGAUCCGGGAGGAGUACCCUGACCGCAUCAUGAACACAUUCAGCGUGGUGCCCUCACCGAAGGUCUCGGACACAGUGGUGGAGCCAUACAAUGCCACACUCUCAGUGCACCAGCUUGUCGAGAACACGGAUGAAACCUACUGUAUUGACAAUGAGGCACUCUACGACAUCUGCUUCCGCACACUCAAGCUCACAACGCCUACCUAUGGGGACCUCAACCACUUGGUUUCCGCCACCAUGAGUGGGGUCACAACCUGCCUGCGAUUCCCUGGACAGCUGAAUGCUGACCUGCGUAAACUUGCCGUCAACAUGGUGCCCUUCCCCCGCCUACACUUCUUCAUGCCCGGCUUCGCCCCACUCACAAGCAGGGGGAGCCAGCAGUACCGAGCCCUCACUGUACCCGAGCUCACCCAGCAGAUGUUCGAUGCCAAGAACAUGAUGGCAGCUUGUGACCCCCGCCAUGGGCGCUACCUCACAGUAGCUGCUGUUUUCCGUGGCAGGAUGUCCAUGAAGGAGGUGGACGAGCAGAUGCUGAAUGUGCAGAACAAGAACAGCAGUUACUUUGUGGAGUGGAUCCCCAAUAACGUGAAGACCGCUGUCUGUGACAUCCCACCACGCGGGCUUAAGAUGGCUGCCACCUUCAUUGGCAAUAGCACUGCUAUCCAGGAGCUAUUCAAGCGCAUCUCAGAGCAGUUCACUGCCAUGUUCAGGCGUAAGGCCUUCCUGCACUGGUAUACUGGAGAGGGUAUGGAUGAGAUGGAGUUCACAGAGGCAGAGAGCAACAUGAACGACCUUGUGUCUGAGUACCAGCAGUACCAAGAUGCCACAGCUGAGGAGGAAGGGGAAUUUGAGGAGGGUGAAGAGGAGCUGGCAUAAACUGCUCAACUUCUUACUGUCACUUCUAACAAUCCACUCGUGAAAGAUUGUUUUGUUUUUCAUUGUCCUCUAUUCUAUUUCAAUGUCACUGUUGCAUCAGCUGUCGCGCUGUACUAAUAUUGAUGUUCAAUAAAAACCAUACAUUGA